AUGGCUGCCUUCCCAGACUGUCCCCAUUCCCAUCUCCUGCACAGCAACAGCAUGGCACCAAAACUUAACUCCUCCUACCCUUCCCUUCCGAACCCGGCGCUGGGCGCUCGGCGUUCCCACGGCGCGGUGACACGGAGACCCUCCCAGCACUCCGAACCCUCGCUUCCGCCGCGCCUGCGACUCGGUCCCUCGGCGCGCGGGCUCCUUACCUGGACCCCGCCCAUCCGAUCCCGGCUGGGAGCCUUGGCCCUCCCAGCUCCAGCUCCAGGCCGGGGCCGGGUCCCAGCCGCCAGCAGGCCCCACCCCCUCGACCCCCUGUGGCCCGGCCCUCCCCUCGCGCUCCUCUCCCCCCUCCCGCCAGGCACCGCAGCCACUUCCGCCCGUCCUCCGGAAGUAGGUCCCGGGCAACCGCUGCCUCCUCACAUCCCGCCCAUUGGCCUGGCCCUCGCCGGCCCAUCAUCACCGCCGACGCCGCCACGGGAGCACGGGAGGUGGGUCUGCACGCUUGAGCCAGUUCUACAGUGUUGGCGAGGGAGGACGAGGCGUUGGAGAAGCACCCAAUCUACAAUACCACAGUAACAUCCAGAGAAGAGCUGGAAGAGUGAGCAGCCCUGGGUACAGAGGAGACUGGAGCAGGCAUGGAAGAACCACUUCUGGUUCUGGUGAUUCACUGUGUAGAAAUUUUCCCAAGAAGAGGCUAUGGAAUCAAAACUGAGAAAGAGGAGGAGAAAAAAAAGUUAUAAAAUGCUGAAGAUUUAACUUGGCAAGUUAUGAGAAAAAAAAAAAACAACUGGAUUUCUAGGCCGGAAUUAAAAUAUGAGUGAGUUUUACUGCUUCCAAUGAAAUAAAAAAUGCUAUAAAAUAGAAUACAGCUAAAAAAACAUGUUAGAAAGUCAGUUGCACAUUGUAGAAAUCUGAACCAAGAGGGCCAAGUUUGUAGAAUAAUGGAAAAUAGAAAAUAGGUGUUCCAGGAACAAAACAACAUACAUCAUCCCAUUAGAAAAUGAGAGAAUCUGGGGAUGCAGGAGUCUAUCCUGUACAGGAGGAGCUAUGGCAAAGAGGAUAAGAGCACACCUUAGUCGAUGCAGCCUGGAGAUCAAAUGCUGCCAUCAAAACCUCGUACCCCCUCUUUGUGCCCAGAUGUCCUCACUUGCUGAAUAGGAAAGUAUACAAAUUAAGACAUGAAAGAGAGAACUUCAGGUCUUGGCUAGAAGUUAGAAGAAAUGGAAGCUCAGUUAAAGAAAAUGUUAAUUCUAAAAGCAGAUGAGAUGUUAGAAAAUAUGGAAAGUCAGCUAAAAUACUUAAAAAUAAGUCCAGGCACAAAACAGCUGACUAAGAGAUGGUGAAACCAAGUUACAGAUACUUUGUACAACUUCAACAGAGCUCCAUAGCCAGGACUUACUCAGACUUUUUCAAGACCCUCUAUGUGACUGUUAGCCAGUAUGCUGCUUCUCACAAUUAUAUGUAGAACUGCAGACUGAUAGAUGUGCCCUGAAAGACUGGCCUAGCCUGUGGGGUUAGAAAUCCUCCCCCC